AAGUGGAUUUUGGAUUAUCGAAUUUUUCUACUCAAUCUUCGAUAUGUAUCGAUGGAACUCGAACUCGCGGAAAUAGCGACAAAGAAUAAAGCUGAAAAACAUAAUACGAAGAGCGCCAGAGAUUGGAUUUCUUUUUAUAGCUCGAGAUGGGAUUUAAAGAAAUAUCGAAUAUCUGAAGAUAAAUCGCCAGAUGAAGAGACCGCCACAGUUCGAAGACGUACGUGUUCUGCUUCAUUAAAAAUGGUUAAUAUGGAUAUGCAAACUGAGAUGCCAGUGAAUACGACCGUAGGCACUACCCUUUUGGACGAGGAGCUUCGGCGUAUUUUGCAGGAAAGGGAGCUGGAAUGUUUGCAGUUGCAGGCCAUGAAUUCCACGCCACCACCAGAGCCAUACUGUCGGAUGACAUUUGACGGAUGGUCCUGCUGGCCAAAUACUCCAGCAGGAACGACUGCAUACGCCCAGUGUCCAAAUUUCAUCACUGGUUUCGACGCCUCGCUGCAGGCACAUAAAUAUUGCGAGUCGAACGGUACCUGGUUUCGACAUCCAGUAUCUGACCAAGUGUGGAGCAACUACACGACAUGCGUCAACCUGCAAGAUCUCAGUUGGCAGCAAGGAAUUAGCGGACUUUACGAAGCUGGAUACGCAAUAUCGUUGGUAGCGUUGCUACUGUCGUUAGGUAUUCUCACAUACUUCCGCUCCCUGAGGUGUGCAAGGACCACCCUUCAUAUGAACUUGUUCGCCUCGUUCGCUGUAAAUAACGCACUAUGGCUGGUGUGGUAUAGAUGCAUCGUCGCGAACACGGAUUUACUAUUGAACAAUGAGAUAACGUGUCGGCUGCUACACAUUAUCCUGCAUUACUUUCUACUUACUAAUUACGCCUGGAUGUUGUGCGAGGGUUUUUAUCUGCACACCCUGCUCGUUAGCGCUUUCACCAGCGAGCAUAAAUUAGUAAAAUGGCUGAUGGGUCUUGGUUGGCCUGUACCUGCGGUCAUCGUCACGAUUUAUGCCUCUUUAAGGGCGAUCAGUGAUGACCCUGCGGACACCGGACAAUGUUGGAUCAACGAGGGUAACUAUAUGAACGUGCUGGUCUACCCAGUCUGCGUUUCCACCCUGUUGAACGUGCUUUUCCUCUUCAACAUCGUUCGAGUUCUAUUGAUGAAACUGAGAGCUGGUCCUACGAUUGGCACGCAACCUUCCAGGUCUAUGCGUCAAGCAUUUCGAGCGACGUUACUCCUCGUACCUCUUUUGGGCCUACAUUAUCUUGUCAUCCCCUUCAGACCGCCGAAAAAUCACCCCUGGGAGCAAUUUUACGAAGUUCUCUCCGCCAUAACGGCCUCUUUUCAGGGUCUCUGCGUGGCCAUUUUAUUCUGUUUCUGCAACGGUGAGGUAAUAGCGCAAUUUAAGAGAAGAUGGGAGGGCACAGCUCUUCUGCGGAAUCGGGCCAAUUCUUGCACAGCUACCACCGUCUCGGUCCGAUGCCGGGAGAGGAGAAGGUGUGACUAUCGGUCGUCCGUGCUGGAAGUUCCGGACGAAAAACGAGCCGUGGACGACCGUCAGCAGAUUGUUCAACUGGUCGCCGCUACUCCCGUCCCCAAUAGUCACAACAAUCACGCCAGGAUGCUCAUUAAGUCCAGCGAGUUGUCCGACUACGAUCAGACGCAGUGUUGAUAAUUUCGACGGCUGAUCAAUGAGAGACUGAAACCACUGAAGCUGGCGAAAGAACGUCAUCGAGCGAACAUCAAAGAGAGUUUUAUUCUAUGGCCAGAAGAUUAAGGAGCUUAAAGAUCGCGUCAAUAAUAUAGCGAACAUGAAGAAGGGGUCCUUUUAAGAGUGGAUGUAGUAAAUGAUGAUUUUUUUUAUGAAGAUUGUUGCAAGUGAUGAACGUCGUUUUAUUCUGAAAUGAGAAUGUUGAGAAUUAGCGAAGAAGUUAUAUAUACAAUGGCUACAAAAAGUAUUGACACGUAUCCUUAUUUUCCAAUGAAACUUUUUGUCGGAUUCUAUACGUUUUACUUUCGCAAUAUCAAAUUUUUUAGUUGUAUAAAAAUUAAAUUGUACGAAAUUUAGUAUACUUGGAUCGAAUUAAUUAGUAUGUAAAUGUUAUAAUAAAUACAACGGUAUGAAACUGGUUUUUUGUAGCCACUGCAAUUUGAUAAUUAGAGUUGUAAAGACCAGUUCUGUAUAAGUUCUAAUGAAUGAGUGAUAUUAUUGAAAAGAGUAUACAUUAUUUUUUGAUCUCGAAUUAAUUUAAGAUAGGAGAAUAUAAUAGAUCGCUUGUUUGGAUAUUUUGUUUUCUUAAUUCAUAGGGAUUGUAAGCGUGACUUUUAUUUACAAGGAGAUAUUCUUUGGAGUAUUUUUUCGUAUUCACGCCUUGA